AUGGCAGGCCGGCCAGCGCCGCCGGCUGAACGUCGUAGAGUGUCGGGAGGGUGGGACAUGGCAGGGAUAACGGGAGUUAGCAUCAACCAUGUUGGAACAGACCAACAUGCGCGGCAGAGGCCCAAGUCGGCGCUCGUAGGAAGGAAGAUCGUCGGCCAUGGAAGCAACAUCGUGCCCUACAAGACAGAGACGAAUGGUUGCGGCACGGAGGACGGAGGAAGUUUCCGCAAGACGUCGUCGGUCCCGAUCAUCUACCCGCAGGAGAGGCACAGCAUCUCAGGAGCAGACCCUUCGAAGCAAAUCAACGGUUCUUGCGAGCUCCUGGGCAUCAAAAUCCGACCCCUCAGCGCUUUCACGACGUCUAGUGGGAUGAAAGGAGCCGCGUCCGCUACUGAGAAGUUUGAGAUUGAGGAGCUGAAGAAGGAGAUCCUUGAGAUCACCAGGAGGCUGAACACGAUGAAGGACAUGUCAACGACGGAGGCCAUGCUCAAAAGGUUCGUGUGUACCAGCGACCCGACGCAGGUGCACAUGGCCAAGAGCUCGCUCAUGGCGCUCGUGCUCCAGAGGCACGAGGAGUUCCAGCGGUUUGCGCUGUUCGCUUCGGGGGGGCUGGGGCGAGGAUGCAGGACCCGUCUGAAGGUGCUGGACAACCUGGUGGAGAAGGCCAAGGAGCUCCACCAUGAGGCUCUGGAGAAGGGGAAGGAGCAUGUGAGCGCUGUGGAGGCCCUGCAGACGGCCCAGCUGGAGAUCAGGAAGCUGACGGAGGAGCGAGAGCUGCUACGAGCCACCCUGUCGCACGCGAGCAAGUCCAAGGGAGGAAGCAUGCAGAUCAUUCGGCCGUUCUCGGCGUCGAGGGUGAAGGAGAAGCCCGUGGAAUCGCAGCUGGAGAAGAGCUGCUCGGGCUGCGAGACGCUGGAAGAGCAGCUGAAGGAGAGCAGGGGGAAGCUGGUGGGGGCGAGGAGGGAGGUGGAGGGGCUGGAGGAGAAGGUGGCUGGGCUGCAGCGGGAGAAGGAGGAGCUUCUGGCGCUAAAGUUGAGCCUAGAGCAGAGGAACGCCAUGGCGAGAAAGUCGGGUGAGGAGAUACCAGCUGGGGUGAAGGAUUUGGAGGAGCUGAGAAAGAAGGUAGCGGCGCUGGAGAAGACGUUGAAGGGGAAGGAGGAGGAGGUGCGAGCAGCCAAGAAGAAGGCGGAGGAGGAGGCGGGGAAGAGUGCGAAGCUGGCGAAGGAGGUGAAGGACAAGGGCGAGCGGAUCAAGGAGCUGGAGAAGCUUCUGGGGGAGAGCAACAGCAAGGUGAACGUGCUGGAGAAGAGGAUCAACGACUUGUCGCUGAACAUGCAGGCCAACGACGAGAGCAACGACAGUGCGUUCCAGAGAGAGCGGCAGCUGCUGAAGCAGAUCGAGCUGCUGACGCAGGAGAUGACGGAGGCGAGGAAGGAGGCGGAGAGGUCGCAGGAGAGGGUCAAGGUGGUGCAGAGAGAGAAGGAGGAGGCGCUGGAGGCGCUGGGGGGCCUGAAGAGGAGGAUCAAGGAGGAGGCGGACGAGUCGGAUGCGAUCCAGAAGAAGCUGAUAGCGGAGAUGAAGCAGCUCAAGGAGCAGCUGGGCUCGAGCCAGCGAGAGGUUGCGAGCAGAGACAAGACGAUCGGGCAGCUUGAAGUCAGCGUGAGGAACGGGAAGGACAAGAUCUCAGAGCUGGAGGAAGAAAUUCAGGCGCUGAAGGGGUUGAUGGGGAAGAAGGAUGAAGCUGAAGAGCUGAGAGGAAAGGUUGGGCAGCUUCUCAGCUCCAACGGGGAGCUCAAAGACAAGGUGACGGUCCUGGGCAGCGAGAAAUCCGCGCUGGAGGGGGAGCUCUCAGUGCUGAGGAAGAAGUGGGACGGGAGGGAGAGGGAGUGGCGGCAGGAGGUGGAGAGGACGGAGGCGGAGCAGAAGAAGGAGCGGGCGGCGCUGGCGGAGAGGGUCAGGCUGCUGGAGGGGAGGAGCAGCGAGUGGGAGAAGGGCAAGGCAGAGUUGCUACAGCUGAGAGAGAGACUCAAGGAAGUAGAGAAGGAAGGCAAGGACUCCUCGAGUAACUUGUUCUUGUCCUGCCUUGUCCUGCUCCUCACAUCCCAGCAGGCAAAGAGCUGGACAUGA